AGUUGUAAUUUGAAGCAUCCACGGGCUCUGUAGCGUUUGCAGAAGUUUUCCUUCCAUUGAUACUAGUCGCAGCAUUCAUCUUGCACGCAGCAACCCAUUCAGGAGCAAGAUGUUCAUGAGGCCUCUCCUACCCGCCAAGCUACUAUGUCUUGUUCCUCUCAUUGCAACUACAGGCGCCUUUAAAAUAACAGGUUAUGCGGAUAGUCAUUGUACAAAUCCGUACACACAUGGCGUGGUCAACCUCCCGACGGGAGUCUGUUUCGACUCCAGCGAUAAGGGAGGCUGGGGCAGUUUUCAAGUGUCUGAUUUUGACUCUUGCCACUUUCUCUUAUUUCCUAAUGGAACACACUGCAAUAGAUAUUUUCCUAGGAAAACGAUCGCUGAGCCCGAUAUAUGCUACGACUCGUCCUGGACCAUGUGGAUGAUCGAUUGCGAGCAUUCCCCGUCACCCAGCCCGUCACCCUUGCCCGCUCCAAGUUCAGCUUCGAGCCCAGGUCCCAAACCUAAACGUUACUACCACCACGCUGCGGCCGUCGCAGGAGGUGUUGCUGGGGGUUUAUCUGGCCUCUUCCUCCUCAUCGGGCUCGAGGUGAUCCUCAUCAUCCGUCGUAGCAGAAGACAUGCACGUGCUGUGGCAAGAGCUCAGGCUGCCCACCUUGCAGACCAGAUCGAACUACGCGCUCGGGAUAGAGGAGAAAGUUCGGGAAGAGACAGCCUAAGCAAGCCGAAGACUGUGCAUGUCAAACCAGAAACGCCGAUCGCAGCCUCAGAGAGGCCGUCGUGA